CAGUAUCACACUUCGACGGUUUCAGUUUCAGAAGUAACUUCGGGAAUUAAGAUUUUCCUUAGUUUUUUCAAAACUUACAAAUAACCAAAACAAAUUUGCACUUUUACGAUCCGAAAUCGAUUUUGUUUGGAAUUUUUUAUUUUUUAUUUUACAAUCUAAAUAUUUCCAAUUUUAAAAAUGGCAAAAUCGUUGCUGAUCGUAUCUGCUUUGUUAUUGGCCGUUGUUGCUUCUGUAACCGCUGCACCCACACCGAAAAAACAAAUAUCUUUCAAUUUAUGCAAGAAAAGUGAUCCAAACCUUGACAAAUGUUUGAAGACCUCCAUCCAAUCAGUCAUUCCCGAUUUGGCCGAAGGAUUUCCGAAACUGAGAAUUCCAGCCAUCGAACCGUUCAUGCUACCGUCUUUGGAAAUCGACCAAGGCAAAGGCACCAGCAAAUCAGUCAGCAUUGACCUGAAGCUUAAGGACGUCAAGAUCAUGGGUUUGACCAGCACAGUGAUCGAUUCCUUGAAAAUCGAUGUUGACAAUUACAAGCUCACCGGCAAGAUUGGUUUCACAAAGCCACUCGAGAUCAGUGGACAAUACACGGUCAACGGAAAAGUGCUCGUUUUGCCGAUCACCGGUAACGGACCGUGCAACAUUGUCUUACACGAACCCGUAUUGGAAUUGAAGGAAGUGUCCGGAUCUCCAAGCCAGAAGAACGGCAAGACCUUCGUCCAAAUCAAUAAAUUCGAACUUAAGUUGGUGGAUGUCAAGAAACUGAAUGUCAAGUUGGAAAACCUUUUCAACGGAAACAAACAAUUAGGAGAUAGCAUGAACUCCAUCCUGAACGAAAACUGGGAAGUUCUUCUAGAAGAACUGAAACCAGCAUUCGAAGAAGCAGUUGGAGCUAUUGCACAAGAUAUUGUUAAUAAAGCAUUGCAAAAGACCGCGUACUCAGACAUAUUCCCUAUGUAGUUCGUUGGAUCGUUGUAUUUGUUUUAAGUUUCCUAACCAAAAAUGUUGUUAUUCUUAAUUUAAUGCACGUCACAGUCAAUAUGCACUGGAGUAGCUCGACAAAAAUGUCUUAAGUGAUCGACGCUAACGAGAUUCUCACAUAUAGUGCCCACUUUCUACUGACCUGUUAUUAUUUUUUAUAGAACUAUGACUAUUAUUAGCUCGUCUCAAUACCAAAUUGAUGACUUGCAAAUUAUUUAUUUGAAAAACUUAGCGUUUUUAUUAAGUUAUUAAAUGUUAUUUAUAUGAAAAAUAUAAAUUAAAUUAUUAAAUUAUUACCUAUACGGAUAUACAAGUAAUUAUUGAGUUGAAUUUAUUUUCUAUGAAUAUAUUUUUGUCCUGAAAUCACCUCUCUAAUAGUACUAUGUUUUACUUCACAUUCAAUGUUAAGGUCAUCACUUACUUAUCACAAUACAAUAUCUUUCUGUUGUUUAUUACUAAUUUAUGUAAUUGCACAUCUAUAUGGAAUCAUAAUAUUCUAAAAUUGACUACUAUAAAAAUGAAGCUAAUUAAAAUUUAAAAUCUCACAUAUAUCUAUUUCAUAUUUAUAUAAACGUAUAAUGAUUUCACCUUCAUUUUUUGAAUACAAAUUGUAAACUCUGUAAUAAACAUUUUAUUUAUCAUGU